GCGCAACCCCAACAUCAAAAUGGCAGACAAUCUCUUCUGUACUGGGCAGCCUAUCUGGGGCUUCCACGUUAUGUUCUAGCCUUUCUCAAGGUUCAGGGAAUGGACAUCAAUGCUUCGGGAGGUUCUAUCGGGACGCCUCUGUUUGCCGCUACACGCCGAAGGCAUCACGACGUUGUCUUGUUACUUCUCAGCCAAGGUGCAGAGAGCAGUAUUCUUUACAGAUAUGGAUGGACUCCGCUUCACGCCACCGCAGAAGACGGCCUCACCAACAUUGCUCGUGCCCUGCUCGAUCAUGGCGCAGCUGUUGACGCACAAAUUGAAGACGGAUGGACACCACUACAUAUUGCUGCACACCAAGGCCACGUCGACGUUGGGCUCGCCCUUCUUGAACAUGGUGCA